UAUUUGUAAACACAUCACACAAUACUUUCAUUAGUGUUUUGCCCUAUAAUAUAUGAAUAAAUGAAUUUUGAAUUCAUUUAAAUCUUGUGUUCAGUAUUUGUGUAACUUCCAAAUUUAAUGUUGGCAGUCUUCUAGUCUAGACUAGUCUUCGAUACUUAUUACUAAUGGCAAACUGGUGGACCCGUGUUGAGUUAUUGAAAGGUCGUUUAGGCGAACACGAAGGCUGCGCGGCAUCUCGCAUGUGGCGCUCGGCGUGCGCGACACUGCGCGCGGCGCACGCCGAUCGCGGAUGGGCAGAAGUCUCAGCCGCCUCAGCGCCGGAUUCCGUGUGGCACUCGCUCACUAACUGCGUUGCCUACCAGGCCGGGGUCUGGCAAGGCCUGGUGCUCAAAGGGAUGGAGGAUGCCACUCACCCUGCCGCCUUCCGCCUCGCAGUCGUGCUCCGGCACACGCCGCCCGAGCUGGCGGUCAGGCUGGUGGCCGACAAGUUAAGGACGCACCCUCAGGCGCAAGAACUUAUGUCGUACAUCGUGUCCCUAUUGACGGACGACUCCCCUUGGUGCGAGUGCAACGCAGACGACUCCCAGCACACCGCUCCUCUCAGAGACCUGCUGCUAUUCGGUGACUGCGAGGCCGCAGUGCUGGCCGCGUCCCGAGAGGAGUACGACGCCCACGCCAAGAGGCAGAGGGCCGCCUACAGCGCCAUGGCUCCUCGCCACUACGUCGAGCUCAGAAUCAAGAUCCUGAACCAGCUGAUCCAAGUGCCGAAGAUCUACCAGACCCCGGAGUUCGAAUGCUUCGAAAGCGCCGCGAGAGAAAAUGUCGACAGAGAGAUUUGCACUCUUCGAGAACAUCUUCUCACUGGAAGACAUGACUAGCAUUAUUGGACUCCACAAGAUUAGGAGCCACUUUCCUAAUCUUGGUUUAAAAAGGGCUAUUACUCGGAGCUGUUGUUGGUGAUGUUCGAAAACAGUGUGACUAAUUAAGGCUUAGUAAGUACUAAGUGUAUGUGAGUGGACAUUGAGAAGGCAAGACAACAGACCGUUAUUUAUGAUAGGGAAAGAGAGGUUUUCUGUUAGUUUAGAAGAUUUUGAAGAUCCGUGAAAGACGAUAAAGCUUAGCUAGAGAAAACUGAUCACCUACUUGCCUAUAAAGAAAUUUCAAAAGAAAACUAAAUAGAUGUCUGAGGCCGAAACCAAAGUUUUUUUUUUAAAUGCUUAAGUAGGCAUAGACCGUAGAGGUGUGUAGUAUACCUCACAUUCAUUUUUAUACUAAUUUAGUCAAUUUACCGCAAAUGGCUAACUUAUUAAGACAUAAGUUUUAUGUUUAAAAAGAGUAUUCUAAAGAUAAUUAUAGAUGCUGUAUUUCCUUUUAAGUUAAAGGUAUAAUUUUUGCCCAUCUUUGUAGACUAAUUGAUGUUUUAGAGAGCUAUACGAGUCAAAAUCGUUAAUGUAUUGCCCAUAUCAAAAAUUAAAAGUUUAAAUAUGCGUUUAUUGGUUUUAAAAAAGUAUAUCAAAUUGUAUUCUUUUCUAAUCUUAUUAGACCACAUUAGAAAAAGUUGUGCUUUACACUUCGUUUAGGCCAGGUUUAGAUGGAGAAUUGACUGCUUGCGUCAUUAAUAUUUCAUAGGAUACAAUUCAUCCCAUACUCCGACUUUAUCCUUAAACAGGUCCUUCCUCAGGGAGAAGUCGUUAUCGAUGCGCAGAUAUGUCAUGUCUUGUGACGUCAUCUUGGGCCAGACCAAUUCACCCAGCUCUGGUGUGUCACCUCGAGGAUUCGGGUCUCUGCCAUUUGAAAGAAUUUUUAACGAAACAUUAAUAUAUUUAUGUACUUAUGGGAUCCACAGAUCAUGUACGUAACUAGGUACAACAAAUUAACUAGUUUGUUGCGUUUGACCCGGAGUCCUCGGUUCGAUAUGUUACUGGUCGGAAAAUAGAGGUACAGGUGUCGUAACUUGUACAUAAUUUGGCAAGGUUUCUAUUAUAGGUCAUAAGAUUUAUGACAUAUUAUAGGUCAUACCCGUAUCUGGCAAAGUUGUACCAAAGCGCAGUCAUGCGGUCGACCAUGACAGCGUCGCGGCCUUCGAGGCCAAUGGCAGGGAAUCGGUAAGAUAAAGUGAACAGGUAGAUCAGCUCAUCGUGAUGUGCUGCCCCUGAAACAUGAAAAAACACUCUGUCUCGUAUUCGUAAUGCAUUUGUAGCAUUUACAUGGACAUGUUAUUAAACUACAAAAAAUUGCAUCCGCAGGAUUCCACUUUAUGUUCUACCUUGGGGUUUCAUAGUUUUGGGGUCCUCGUAAUGGCUGUGGUUCCCGAUGUAGCCCCACUCAUACUCGUAAACGGGUCGCGGCGAGUGAAGGGUCAUCAGCUUGGCCAUUCUGAAAUAACGCCAUUUGUAUUAUUUGCCUGCCUUAUGAUGAUUUUAAUGCCAUGUUAUUAAAUAAGUCACACUUCAUUUAAAUCAAUGCCAAACGUCGAACCAACAACUAAAAUACCUGUAGACAGGAAAACCCUCAACAGAGUCGACGUAGAGUCUUCCAAGGUCGUGUGCGCUGGUUUCAUCGUUCUUUAGAGGACGGUCCUUAAGAUACACCCGACGAAGGGUGCGAGUUGGAACUUCGGGGUUGUCUCGGGGGAGCAGAAAGGAGAUAGGGGCCACUCUCUCCCACUCCGAGAUCAUCUGCUCUCGCAGGGUAUCGUUGCGAGUCACGGCUAAAAAGUUAGUGAUUUUUGAAACAUAUGGUAUAGAAAUUAGUAGAGUUUAGUAAACGGUGUAGUACUGACUGAAUGCCAUCCAAUAGAACUCGUCCUGAGUCUGACUGACGAGAUGAGGCACGGCAUACAAUUUCUUCUCUCGAAUGGCCUCAUCGGGCUGAGAUGUGAGAAACCUUUCUUGCCCGAAGUCAGGCUCGACCACGGCCGUCCAGAUACCCACUGGGUCGAAUCCGAAUUC